AUGAGCAUAGGUGCAAGCUUGAUUUUUUCUGGAUUUCGGCGGGUCAUCGCUACUAUGUGGGAAAUGAUCGAUGAAGAUGGACCUACUAUUGUGGACACAUUUUAUGAAGAACUUUGCUCUGGCGGUCUUGAUGGAAGACCAGCUCUUAAACCUGAUAUGACAAAGUCUGCCCUAGCCCUUCACCUUGCAGUCAAGAAACUCCGUUCGCAGGGUGUCUCAUUCCGUCGUUGGGUUCCCUUUAUCCAUAUGGGCAAAUAA